AUGUCCACUCCCCAUUCCGGGUCGACCAUCAGCUUCGACCCGCUCAAUCGAGAAGGAGCCUGCGCUCCGUCGCCAAACUCUCACAGGUACUCCGACCCGUUUGCGGACGAGGAGGAUUUGCAGCCUCCGGCCCCUGCCACGACCCAGGAUCAUUUACCCAUGCCCGUUCACAUCCGCGGAUUCAAGCCUCGUCUCCAGUAUUACAAUUACGACUCUGUCUCCGAGUCGGAUGUCUCAGUCAACGUCCAACCUCCGGAUCGCCUUUCGCAGCAGACUACUACCAUGGGCUCCAAUCUCUCGUUGAGCGGUGAAGCCGACCACCCGCCUCUGUCGCCGAUGUCCGACGUGUCCUCUGGCACUUUUGGUCCGCGGACAUUUGGGCGGGAGCGGCUCUAG